GUGAAUGUAAGAUUUAUAUUUUUAUUCAAAAAUUAAUAUUUUUAAUAGAAACUAAAUUAAUAACUUGAAUAAAAUAUAUGGAUUGCCAGUAUUAACAAUGCCGCAUGACUCGUUGUUAUUGUGGAAGGCGUUACAAGGAAUAAUUUGCGUUUACAAACCUGCAGAAAUUUCAGUAAAAAGCUUGAGGAAAAAGCUCAUAACAAAAUUGUGUAAGGAUCUCAGUGAAUUAGACGUGAAAUUACGACAUCCAAAUCCAAAAUUAACGGCUUUACCGGUUUCGAGUGAUCCGCACACAAACAGUAUUGUCGAAACGGAAUCUUCGGAAAAUGCACUCGAAGACAUCUCGAGUAGUGCCAUUUCCUCAGGAAUAUCACAUAUAGACUUAAGAUAUCACCCGUUAGUGGUCGGUCCUAGAUAUUUAGACGAAGAUUUGACUGUAAGCUGGUCCAAUUUCUUAGGAUGGAAUACAAGUGGUGUGUUAUUAUUCGGAUUAAGAAGUGGAACCCAAUACGCCAAGUUCAUACGAGAAAACAGAUCGACGAGGGCUUAUAGAGUCACUGGAUCAUUUGGAAAAGCGACUGAUAAUGGCUUCAAAACUGGAAAGGUCGUAGAAAAAUCGACGUGGAAAUACAUUAAUCAAAACCACAUACAACAAAUAUUAUCAGCUAUGCAAGCUUCCCAUCAAAAGAAAGUGUUCGAAAUCAGCGGCGUAGACAUUCAUUCGCAAACUGCUUACGAAUUGGCCGCAAAAGGCCCGAUCCGUCCGGUCAAUUCGGAAGUUCCAAUAAUCUACAACCUCAAAUGCCUGGACUACGAAGGACCCGGAUUUACCAUCGAAGUACAAUGCAUCAACGAGAACGAGAAUUAUCUAACGACUUUAAUUCACGAUAUAGGCAUCAGACUUCAUUCCACCGCUCAUACAACGGCUAUUAAAUGCAUUCGACAUAGCUGUUUUACUUUGGAACACGCUUUACUACCGAAACAUUGGAAUUUGCAGAAUAUUACGAAGAAUAUGGAUAUGUGCAGCAAAUUACUAAGGGAUAACGAGAGUGUUAUCAAUCAAACUAGUGCUGUUUUAAAUUAAAUUAUUGUGCAUUAUAAGUAGGAAUAGGAAUAAAAGAUUUUAUAAAAC